CAGUGGUGCUGGGAGCCGAGAGGGUCAGGGGGAGGAGAGGCAAGGGAGUGGAGCGAGAAGACGACAGGAGGAGAUCCACCACAGGGUGACCAAUUUAACCGGACCAUCCUUGGACCGCUAGGCUACAAAUGGUCCUCCACCCUGGGCGCCCCUACCGACAACCACCGCGCAAUCGGAUUGUGUGCUGCGCUCCUGUCGGCGGAUAGAAACAGAAGAUGAUCUCGACCCAGCAGGAGCUGUGGAGAUAGGCCUGGCAGCAGAGACUGGUCAUCUUAUUAAUCUUGGUCUCUGAUCACUGGCUCUGGCACAAACAUCUGGAGCUUUGUGCGCCAUUUAACCCCCAUCCAGUCACUCCCACCCUGCGGCCCUGCAGCGUGGCUCCUAAAAACACCUCCUUGCGUCUUCAUAAUUUUGUCCACGGGGAUAAAUGAGUGAACCGGCUGCAAGGGAAAGGGCGGGGACAUGUACCAGAACCCCAACAGAAUGUCCUGGUUCAGUGGUUUCCUAGUUGCCAGAGUGGACGACCGCAAGACUGCGUGGGGGGAGCGCAAUGGCAAGAAGUCCAAACGGAAGGGAGGCUCAUCUCUCUGCAACCCGCGUUACAUGAGCUGUCUGCGGGACCCCGAUGCAAUGGAGCCCCCUUCCAGCCCCCCUCCAUCAGCACCACCGCGGAGGGGGGCAGGGGCCAUGGGAGGUGGGGGAAACUUCGGCGUCCGUUGCGGAUGGCAGGAGGACCACUAUGGCAAAAGGGGAGGGGCUCCGAGCGAAGGUGUGGGGCUGAAAUCGGUUGACCUGGGCUUUGAGGACGGGGAGUUAAAAGGGAGGAAAGGGGGAUGUAAUGGAGGAAGCAGCGACAUGGGCGACGAAGGUCCCAAUGGCGCAGCGGGGGUGGUGACGGCUGCGGACUGCUGGCUCAGGGUGGUACGAGUAUUCCAGUCGAAAAAAUUCCAGUCCCGCAAACUGGAGCGUCUAUACCAGCGUUACUUCUUUAGGCUGAACCAGAGCUCCUUGACCAUGCUCAUGGGGGUACUUGUGAUUGUGUGCGGCAUCAUGCUGACCUUCCACUGUGUCCACGCCGCCCCUCACGUGGCCUAUUCGUCAGCCCUUUCAGUUGCGAUGGCGCUCUUUAUGGCUCUAAUGGUAGUGUGCAACCGCAAUGGCUUCCACCAGGACUACAUGUGGAUGGUCAGUUACCUGGUGAUCGGAGUCUUAGUGUUCGUACAGGUUUUUGGGGUGCUCAUGGUGGCGCCCAGGAGUGCUUCGGAAGGCAUCUGGUGGUCCGUGUUCUUCAUCUACAUCAUCUACACUCUGCUGCCUGUGAGGAUGAGGGCGGCCGUACUGAGUGGAGCAGUGCUGUCCAUCAUACACGUGGUCACCACCUGGCAGAUCAACCAGGAAGACAAGUUCCUCUGGAAACAGGUGAGUGCUAAUGUCCUGAUCUUCCUGUGCACCAACAUCAUUGGCAUCUGUACCCACUACCCCGCCGAGGUUUCCCAGAGACAAGCCUUCCAGGAGACCAGAGGAUACAUUCAGGCCCGGCUUCAUCUGCAGAGGGAGAAUCAACAACAGGAACGUCUGUUGCUUUCAGUGUUGCCGAGGCAUGUUGCCAUGGAGAUGAAGGCUGACAUCAAUGCCAAGAAGGAAGACAUGAUGUUUCAUAAGAUCUAUAUCCAGAAACACGACAAUGUCAGUAUUCUGUUUGCAGACAUCGAGGGUUUCACCAGCCUGGCGUCUCAGUGCACGGCUCAGGAGCUGGUCAUGACACUAAACGAGCUCUUUGCCCGUUUUGACAAACUGGCGUCGGAGAAUCACUGUCUCCGUAUUAAAAUUCUGGGUGAUUGUUACUACUGCGUGUCCGGGCUGCCUGAACCCCGGGCUGACCACGCCCACUGCUGCGUGGAGAUGGGUGUUGACAUGAUAGAGGCCAUCUCGCUGGUGCGUGAGGUGACGGGGGUCAACGUUAACAUGCGCGUCGGCAUUCACAGUGGCCGUGUGCACUGCGGCGUGCUGGGACUCAGGAAGUGGCAGUUUGAUGUGUGGUCCAAUGAUGUCACGCUGGCCAAUCACAUGGAGGCGGGAGGCAAAGCAGGGCGGAUCCACAUCACAAAGGCCACGUUGCAGUAUCUGAAUGGGGACUAUGAGGUGGAGCCAGGUUUUGGAGGUGAGAGGAAUGCGUAUCUGAAGGAGAACAGCAUUGAGACAUUCCUGGUCCUUGGCUGCAGCCAAAAACGGAAGGAGGAGAAGGCGAUGAUGGCGAAGAUGCAGCGGACAAGAGCCAACUCUAAUGAGGGGCUGAUGCCACGCUGGGUUCCCGACAGAACCUUCACCAGGACCAAAGACUCCAAAGUCUUCAGACAAAUGGGGAUUGAUGAAACCUCCAGUAAAGACAACCGUGGCGUUCAGGAGGCCAUGAACCCAGAGGACGAGGUGGAUGAGUUUCUGGGACGGGCCAUUGAUGCUCGCAGCAUCGACCAGCUAAGAAAAGACCACGUUAAGAAGUUUUUACUCACCUUCCAGACUUCCAGUCUGGAGAAAAAGUAUUCCAAGAAGGUGGACGAUCGUUUUGGAGGCUAUGUUGCCUGUACUCUGCUGGUAUUCUGCUUCAUAUCCUUCAUACAGAUUGUUAUUUUUCCACACACCCCGGUCAUGCUGGGAAUCUACAUCAGUAUCUUCAUCAUACUCGCCAACAUCCUCUUCAUCUGUGCCAUAUACUCUUGCAUCAAGAUUUUUCCAGCUGCGAUGCAGACUGUCUCGAAGAAGAUUGUCCAGUCUCGCACCAACAGCACGCUGGUUGGAGUAUUCUCCAUUAUCCUCGUCUUCAUCUCUGCCUUCGUUAAUAUGUUUGCCUGCGACACCACGGGUUUGGCUGAAUGCGUCGCUGAGAAGCUGAACACCUCUGCGGUGACGCCCUGUCUGAUCCGCAGCUUGAAUGUGUCCGUCGAGGGGGGUCUAGAGAUCUGCCCUAGCCGAGGCCCCUCCUGCCCCUUUCCUGAGUAUUUCAGCUACAGCGUGCUGCUGACGCUGCUGGCCUGCUCCGUGUUCCUGCAGAUCAGCAGCAUAGGGAAGCUGGCCCUCAUGCUGCUCAUCCAGCUCACCUUCCUGCUGCUGGUGGAGUGGCCACAAGUAGCACUGUUUGACAAUGCAGACCUCUUUGUCACCUCCAAUGCCAUUGAUUUAAAUGAAACUCAGUGGCCCAGUUUCAAUGAAACUACAAACCAGUGCCAGUUUGUUGUGACCAAAGUGUCCCUGAGGGUAAUGACUCCAGUGAUCCUCACAGUUUUUGUCCUGGCACUGUACCUGCACGCCCAACAGGUUGAAUCUACUGCACGCCUCGACUUCCUGUGGAAAUUACAGGCCACAGAGGAGAAGGAGGAGAUGGAGGAGCUGCAAGCCUACAAUCGUCGCCUCCUCCAUAACAUCCUACCGAAGGACGUAGCUGCUCACUUCCUGGCACGUGAGCGGCGUAACGACGAGCUGUAUUACCAGUCCUGUGAGUGUGUAGCCGUCAUGUUCGCCUCCAUCAGCAACUUCUCCGAGUUCUACGUGGAGCUGGAGGCCAAUAAUGAGGGAGUGGAGUGCCUCCGGCUGCUUAACGAGAUCAUCGCAGACUUUGACGAGAUCAUCAGUGAGGAGAAGUACAGGCAACUAGAAAAGAUCAAGACCAUCGGUUCCACCUACAUGGCGGCGUCAGGUCUCAACGAUUCCACCUAUGACAAAGAAGGCCGUUCCCAUAUUACUGCACUAGCUGACUAUGCCAUGAGACUGAGAGAGCAGAUGAAAUAUAUCAACGAGCAUUCCUUCAACAACUUCCAGAUGAAGAUAGGUCUGAACAUUGGGCCGGUGGUUGCGGGGGUUAUUGGAGCACGGAAACCUCAAUAUGAUAUCUGGGGAAACACAGUCAAUGUGGCCAGUCGUAUGGAUAGCACAGGUGUACCUGACCGCAUACAGGUGACCACAGACCUCUAUCAGGUGCUUGUAAGCAAAGGGUAUGUGCUGGAGUGUCGUGGGGUCGUAAAGGUAAAAGGUAAAGGCGAAAUGACAACCUACUUCCUGAAUGAUGGACCGCCCAACAGUUAGCAGCCAAGACGGCGGCAGCAGCAGCAGAUGCUGGGAUGACCCCCCCACUGCAAGGACACGGCACCACUGAGCGAGGACUCGCGGUGUGAGCGAGCGGCUAAGAACUAGAGACGCCACCACUUGAAUCCCGAGCAAAGAGGAAAAAAAAAAAGAGAAACUUUGAAGACUUCAAACGGAAAGUGUUCUAGAUGAGAGGAAAAUGUUCUCGUUUGACGGCCGUUUUGGCCCCCGUACAUGUCGAAGGACACGUGUUUUUCUCAUGUCUAGCCUCUCUCUCAGGCUUCUUGAAAGAUGCAAAGUCUGUUUAUUUAAAACGCCUUUUAGCCUGUGUCAAAAGAAGAUUAAUGCUGUACAUACGGCUACUUUUUUAUUUUACUUUGGGUCUUUUUGUUCGUUUGUUUUCUUAUUCUGUAUUUUUUUUUAAAUUUCACAUGAAUUACAAACAGGUACUCAUGUUUUGUUUCUGCAUUAAUUAUUUAUUUCGAUCUCGAUGUUUUGUGCAAAAAGGGUCCUUCAUGAAAAAGUGUGGAAACAUACGGGCACAAAUAUCCAGUUUAUUACACGUUUUUUUAAGUGUGUAUGUACAUGCAUAUUUGUGUGUGUAUGAAUAUAUGUAUAAACUGAGGAGGAAUAUAUUGACCAAAGACUAAAGUAUUUACUAAAAGCAAGGCAAGACGUGUGGAUAUGUUCUCAUAGAGUCAGCAACGAUCACCGCCUCUGUUAUUUUAAGCAGAGGGCCUGAACCCUCCGUCUUUCUGCCCAACUGCUGGCCACAAAGGCUCCUCCCUCCCUUUUUUAGAAUAUGUACAAAACAUUUAUUUCGUCUGUCAUUCAGGCAGCAAAGAGCAGAUCACGAACCCUAAAUUCAAACGCUGACCUCAAUCACUAAAUUAGGUUAACUUAAAACUGACUAAAGACGACUAAGGAUGUUAUCAGAAGGUUGUACCUGAGCGGUAAAAGUAGAGCCAGCCAGGAUUUGGCCCCUCUUCAUCCUCACUUCAUGUCCGAUUGGUUCCUUAGAGCUUGAGCAGCCGGUGAGCAGCCGUGACAGUACACCGCCAUCGACUGCUCCUUCCCUUUCAGACAGGUAUUGUUUCGGUACAGAUGGAAAUGAAGGAACUUAAAUCCGAGACCCGUUCCAGAGCCUUCGGGGGGGAGGGGGAGAAACUUUGGAUUUCAAUGCAUUGGUAUCGCACAGCCUGAUUCUUCUAUGAAGAAGAAAUAGAUGAAGGAAAUAAAUAUAUAUUGAUUUUAACUGAAUACUGUGCUUUGUAAUCCUGAAGGGGCAUAACUAUUUUCACUGUGAGGUUUUUAUGAUACAAUGAAACUGCUUUCUUGCCAAACAUAACUGCUUUGAAGCAUGUCUGAUUGUGGUAUCUUGUUUUCAUUUUUGUUCGUUUUCAGCGUAGGGUAUUUUGUAUCACUUCUGUAUCCAUCAUUUGUAUAUUCUUAAUGUUGUUAUUAUUAUGAUGAUUCUGGUUAAUUAUUAUGCUUAAUAUGAUGACUCCAUUCCGAUGAAGAGGAUCAAAGACCAGCACGCUUUCUUGUAAAAUGCCAGUCGUAAAGCUCCAGCUCACUGGUACCAACUGAUCAACUGCAGCCAACGAGUUCUGCUGUUCAGUCCUGAUGUACAGUACAGUAUUUUUAAGCUGACAAUAGGUGUGAUCAUGUAUAGUAAGUAAUAACCAUUAGCUGCCUUUGCAGCAGAGCCCAAGUGGUGUAUGCUCACAUAAGCAUAGCAGUAAACACACACACAUUUACAGAUGAAUCACUGUGCUUUUUUUUUUUUGCCUUUGUUUUUUUAAAUUCAUGCCACUACUGCAGUAUUGUAAAUCUCAGCCAGGCUUUUUGGUGACCUCCACACACGUUAAAGUUCUCAGUGGUAACAAACAGCAUCCCUCGUGUUACGCUGUUUAAAGAGGACAAGGUCGAGUUGGUAGGCCUACACAUAUUUUCUCUCCUAUUACACCCGCCUCAGCGGAAAAUGAAAGCACUGAUUGCUGAGUCUGAUUGCCUUAAGUUGACAUAAAACAAAUCACAGAUUAACACUAAACGGGAAGUGUGCUUGCUUUCCCUGCCUGAACCGCUAAUGUUCGGACAGAGAGAGAGAGAGAGGGACAAGGGCUUGUCGACAUCAUUAUUAUUAUUAUUAUUAUUAUCAUUAUUAUUUUUUACGUUAACUUUCUCAUCGUUGCAAAGGUCUUGGUUCCCCCGGGCGCAGCUUUCUGUUAAUUUGUAGGAUCAGCCCUGACUCAGCUCUUCCCUCACACUUAGCAGUGGCAACCAACAGUUGAUCACGUUUGUACCAAAGCCAGCUCACGCAGCCUUGUGCUUUUGGUCCUUCCUGUGCAAUGAUACUCGGGCUCGCGUCUAGAGGACAGUAAUGCAACGGAGAUCACCAACUAUCACAUGAACUGUGACCAAUGAAGAGUGAUUCGUAUAAAGCAAAGAGUUUAUAGAAUGCACUUGAGUUUAUUAUAAAGAUGUUCAUUGUAUGUAUUCUAUUUCUAUUGGCUGUCCAUAGACUUGUGUUGAUUGUUAACUCUUGGGAUGUUUUUGGGAGGGGAGGGGAAGAGGAGAGGGGAGGAAGGUUUGUCCCCAUACUACUGAAACAGUGUUUUUGCUCAGGCCUGAUGAAUCCUUCCGUAUUUGUUUUUGUUUUAUUUGUAUUUUUCCCUGAGUUGGAAGAGUUGAAAAGGGGAGUGUUUUUUUGUUGUUUUGUUUUGUUUUUUGCAAAGUUUUGAAGGACGAGAAGAGUUGAGGACUAUGACAAAGAGAAAAAUAACAUUUCCCCUUGAAGAAAAAAAUAAAAAAAAAUCAAUGGC